GCAGCGAUAACGGAGUUUCUUCUAAAAUACAUUGUCUUGAAAAUUACAAGUGUGUAUACAUGCACACUACAGCAAAGUAGCUGUUUUUAUUACUAAUUAAUGUUGAAAAACUCACCGCCGCCAUGGCUUCGCCAAGCGACAUUCGUGAAAAACUGCGAAAGAAACGACGGGCUUUGCAAGAAACUUUGGUGAAAAACAAAAAUGAGGACGACGUUCAGGCUCUGGUUCCAUCUACCAAGUUGAGUGGGGAGAAGCGACAAACCACAAUGAAGGAACCUGAAGGUAGUGAGGAAGACCCCGGAGAGACUUUGAAACGCACGAUCAGGGCUCAGAGACAGAGGAGGAAGAAAAGGCUGCUUGAACAGACGUUAGUUCAGGAGUCCCGCGAUGAUGAUGUGGAGGAGAUCUCAACCAUACAGCAUGAUGGUGCAGAAGAGGAAUCGGCUGAGAAGGCACAUGAGUCAGUGGUUUCAUCCAGAAGUCCAGCUGGAUCUCAGAAAGGUCUCUUCUCAAGAACUCAGCAUACUCCCAGCUCUCAGUCUCAGUCUCAGUCUUUAGAUGACUUUGUGAAACGCCGUUUGGAAGAGAGGCUAAGAGCAGCCAGGUCUAAAAGUGAAAGCCUUCAGCAGCCAGAGGCUUCUUUCGAGCCAGCCAGCCGCCUGCAGAGCCUCAGAGACAGAGACACUGUGACAAGGUUUGACAGAGAGGUUGAUCCAGACAGAUCUGGAAGACAAGAUCCUCCUUCAGCCCUCAGUGCCAGGGUCAAGUUUCGAGAAGCAGCAAGACGAGUAGGAAAAGGCUUGCCAACCGCUGAGGAGGCAUACAAUUUCUUUACAUUUAACUUUGAGCCAGAUCCACCGGAUGAGAGUGAGACAACAAGCAGCAAAAGACAAAAACAGAGAAAAACAGCGAAAGAUGACAGAGAUGAAGAUGAAGGAGAUGAAGCUGAAGAACAGGAAGAUGCUGAAGCAGAUGAAGAUAAUCAAGAAGAAAAUGAAAACCAAAGUGAAGAAGCUCCCCUUGUACAAAACGCAGAGGAGGAUUUGUUCGCCCUUGACCAAUCGCCCCAGGACUUCCUGGAAGUGAGGAAGGCAGAGUACAUCGGGUAUCGAAACCUUAUUCAGCGAGAAAGCGACCUCCUGUUUACGCCAAGCUUUCGAACAGUUCCAACCUCCAUUAAACUGCCUGAAAACAUGAAGCCUCGUUAUCUGGAGGAUGAGGGUCUCUAUGUCGGGGAAAGACCCUCCGUAUCCCUGACCAAUGAGAACAUUCUGGAGAACCGCAUUUUGAAAAUGGAGGAGGGAAAGAAGUGGUUUGGAGAUGACGGCAGGAUCAUGGCUCUUCCUGAUCCUAUAAAGGAAUCCUCCACAAGGCCUCCUCUCUUCCACAUGGAGGAGGACCUGGACCCUGCACUGCAGACUGUGUACAGGAAGGCGCUGAAGUCCAAGUAUGCAAAUUUGUACAUUGCUGGUGCAGCAGACCCCGAGGGAGACUACCAGCUUGACGUUGAUGUCUCUGGGCUGAUCUUUUCUCAUCACCCGCUGUUCAGUCGGGAACAUGUCCUCGCGGCCCGUUUAGCUCAGCUGUAUGAUCAAUACCUCACCAGGCAACACAAUAAUCUCACAGGACACCUCACUGACAAGUUGAAUGGAUUGAGGAGUGCUCUUCGGAAUAUGCUUGAGAUCCACGGCGGGCAGAGCCUCACUCAGGCCAUGCAGCAGAGGUUUUCUGAGUACAGUCUCGAAAUCAGGAACACUCGGCAGUUGCGAGACAGCGAGCAGGAGAAAGACAGGACUCUGCUGAAGAACAUAGUUAAAAUGUGGAAGGAGAUCAAGGCCCUGAGAGAGUUUCAGAAGUUUACUAACACGCCCUACAAGCUCUACCUCCGAAGAGAGAAUGUGGAUCGGGCAUCAGAUGAGCGUGAGCAUGAAGAUGAAAUCUUGGCAGAGGUCUUGGAAUUAGAGGCCGAAAGUGAGGAGGACUAUCAUAAAAAGUUGGCUGAGUACAACAAACAGCUGGAGGAGUGGAAGCUCUGGAGAAGGAAACAGAAAUCCAAAAAGAAAAAGAGAAAAAAGAAGAAGAAAGGCCAGGCGCAGGAGGACACAGAGGAGGAAGACCAAGAAGCGAGCGAAUCUGAAGGGCCUGUUGAAGAAGGUCCUCCAAAGCCAGAGCCUCCCGAGAGACCAGACUUUGACUCCAUAGAGCAACAAGUGAGAGAGAAAGCCUCCAGGAUACGCAGGAAACCAGGAGAGGCCAUCUUGAUCCCAGAGCUGUCUGCAUCUGGAAACAUCACCGCCAGUGAGCUCUGCCCCAGGGCUGAAACAGCUCGAAGAGAAGAUGUUGCCAGGCGCUCACUUUUCAUCAAGAUCCUCUACAACGAUAAAGAAGUUUCCCGAACAGACAGCCGCUCCCUGAACACUGACUUCAGGGUGCACUUUGGGCAGAUUUUCAAUCUCAAGAUAGUUAACUGUCCCCAGAGCAUUCAUUUGCAGGUGUUUGAGGAGAUUGGAUCAUCAUGUUCCCUCCUGGCUCGGGUGUUUGUUCCGGUGCCAGAGCCCUCAGUCGUGACAGGCAACGUCCCUGUUGAGGAAUUUGAGUUUAGCAGUAAUCAGAGAGUGAUGUUUGACCACGAGGGAGUUGGAAGUGAUGUGCCCCUCUCCUUUGAGGCUGAUGGUGGCAACAAACAGACCCUGCUCACCUCUGGGAAGCUGUCAUGCUGUGUUUCUUGGGGAAUCGGGGACGAUGACGUUCCACUCGCACCUCCAGUUUCUCAGCAACCUGGUGGCAUUCACAGUGGUUUGGGCCGUCUCGAUGCUGUCACAUACAUCGGGGCAUCUGGACUAUAUGACAUGAAAAAAAUUGGCGAGUGGGCGACACAGUCUCGACUGGACCCCAACGAUCCAAAAAAUGCCUCCAUAAUGCAGCUGCUGAAAGUCGCCAGUAGUGGAGAGGUAACAGCUCCAGAGUACUUUCGGCUGGAACAUUUGCAGGAGGAGUUUAAUUUUGUGACGGAUGAAGAGCUGGAGAGGUCCAGAAGGUUUCGCCUGCUCAGGCUGAGGAACCAGGAAGUUGCAGAAUUUCGCAAUUACAAGUGCGUUCCUGCUCUUGAGAGGGAGGUCACGGAUAAGGUGUUCCAGGAAUAUGAAAGAAGAUUGAAAGAAGGAGAGAUAAUUGACACCAAAGAACAUUUGGAUUCACACAGAGCUUUGGUGGCCAAAUACCUUCAGAAGAUCCGAGAAUCAGUCAUCAAUAGAUUUCUUCUUGCCAAACAUCACUACGUCCUGUCUGACUUGGUGAUAGAAGAAGAGAUACCGAGCAUUGGGAUCCUGGGAUUAAACCUUUUCAAGCUGGCUGAACCCAAGCGGCCACUGAAACCUCAGCGGAAAGAAAGGAAGAAAGUGACGGCGCAGAAUCUGUCCGACGGAGACAUCAAACUGCUCGUUAACAUCAUCCGGGCCUUCGACAUCCCCAUCCGCAGACCCCAGAGCAAUAAACCAGGACAGUCGUCUCAGAGUGCCAUCCAGGGCAGCGACUGGUUCCUUAGCCAGGUGCAAGUGAGGCCAUUUGUGGAGGUUUCCUUCCAGCGUACAGUACUUCAGACAACCACAGCUGAUGGACCAAACCCAUGCUGGAACGAGGAGCUGCAGCUGCCUUUUAGUGCCCCUAAUGGUGACUACAGCACGGCUAGUUUGCAGUCAGUCAAAGAUGAAGUCUUCAUCAACAUAUUUGAUGAAGUGGUGCAUGAAACUGGAGUGAAUGACAAAGACAGGGGGAAAUCAAUCCACACCCAUGUAGAGAAGCACUGGUUGGGCUCCGUCAAGAUUCCUUUCAGCACAAUUUAUUCCCAGUCCAGGAUUGAUGGAACAUUCAAAGUGAAUACGCCAGCUGUGCUGCUGGGGUACAGCAAGGAGCGGAGCCAUGGCGCUAACGGUGGUUAUGAUAUUAUGCGGAGCCUGAGUGAAGGAACAUUUGUCACACUGUUCAUCACUAUGGAACCUCAGCUGGUGCCUGGAGAGUCUAUUAGAGAGAAGUUUGACAGCCAAGAGGACGAGCAUUUACUGCAGGCUUCAGAGAGAUUUGAGAGGGAAGCGGCGCAGGGCUACCCGGACCGACCCUGCCUCACCACAGUCAUAGACCUCAAUGGGAAGACAGUCUUCAUCACACGUUUUAUUCGACCACUCAACCCUCCGCAGGAGUUCCUGGAUGCGUUCCCUAAUAACCCCCAGGAAGCCACGGCUCUGGUGGCUCGAUUUGUCUCACUCAUCCCUUCACUGCCAGAUCGAGUUUCAUUUUCUGGAGCCUGUGAUCUGUGGAGCACCUGUGAUCAAUUCCUCACUCUCCUAGCGGGAGAUGAAGAAGAACAUGCUGUAUUGUUGUGCAACUACUUCCUAUCUAUGGGCAAGAGAGCCUGGCUUAUAAUUGGUACAGCCAUACCAGAGGGACCCACAGCAUACGUCCUAACCUCGGAGCAGAGCCGCUACCUCAUCUGGAACCCCAGCAGUGGUCAGUACUAUGGCCAGUAUGACACCUUCUGCCCGCUGCUAACAGUUGGCUGCUUGGUAAAUGCUGACAAUGUUUGGCUCAACAUUCAAGAGUACACAUCACCAAUGAGACUAAAUUUUGACAUCACAAAAGCCAAUUUGUGGAAACCAUUUUUCUCCCGCUCCUUCUCACAUCCAGGGCUGUCUAGUGUACAGCCAGAGGAGCUGGUGUAUCGCCGCACCGACAAAGCAGCUGCAGCAGAGCUUCAGGACAGGAUUGAGAAGAUUCUGAAGGAGAAGAUCAUGGAGUGGCGCCCUCGCCACCCAACCCGCUGGAACCGCUACUGUACCACCACCCUGAAACAAUUCUUGCCUAAACUGGAGAUGAGCGGCGGGCAGGACGUGACCGAGGGACACCGCCACGAGUUGCAGAGCCUGCUGGGAGACAACAGGAUUUCAGGUUUCCCCCUGCAUCUGCCAUUCUCUGAGAUCCGGCCCAUCAUAGAGGCAGUGUACAGUACUGGAGUUCACAGCGUUCAGGCUUCAAACGUGGAGUUUGCUCUGGCUGUAUAUGUGCACCCUUAUCCCAAUAACGUGCUGUCUGUGUGGGUGUACCUGGCCUCACUCGUCCGUACUUAAGAGACACUUAUCUCAUUGUGCUUCACUGCUUUUGCAGCUAUAAAAUGUUUUCUCCUUUUAUGGCUGUUCAAAUUAAAUCAUGGCCAAUUGCAUUUGGGUUUUUUUUUGGUGUUUUGAAAAAAAAUUCCAAAGAAAAAACCCUAAAAGGCAAAACGAAAACAGAUUUCUACAAAGUAAAGUACUUUUACCAGGCACUGUAGCCAGUUUUAGCUAAAUCAAUGCUAAUGACCUUAUGUAAGUACAUUACUUCAACUGUUUGCACACUGUUGUGUAUCAUAUUUAAAUCCAUUGUGGUAAAUAUUUUAUGUGUACAUCAAAUCCAUCCACCUUUCUAAACAGGCUUCUUUGUGGGGUUUUUCGUUUUUCACUGUAGCAAAGAGCUAUUUUGUGGCUUUUGGACAUGUUGUACUGUACAGUAAUAAAAGGUUUUUAAUGUUUUCAUC